AUGAGUACGAGUACAUUGUGGUUAUUUGUUAUUAUCCUCAUUGUAUAUCUUACACUGGUGCUUAGCGGAGAAGUGUUACGACCUGAGCAAAGUGGUGCACUACAAAGUAUCGGCAGCUCCGACUUAGAAGAUGAAGCGAGAACGAGAAAACAUCGCCACAAAUUGUGGUACCUUUGGGGCUGGCAUGCUCUAGCUAUUGCCUAUUGGGUCAAAGUAAAGCUUAUUGUUGUGGGUUUCUUUGUUGGCAGCGCAGUAUUCGUCGCUCUACGUUACGUCUGGCCAAAUAAAUGCGCUAGUGGUAUUGUACACGACUCGCCCACUAUUGUAUACGAUCAUCCGCCUCCAUCGUUUGCUCAUGAUCAUGUACCAUAUUCACUCGAUCACUCGCCACAUUUCGAUCACCCAUUCAGUAGUUCAGACUCUGUUGAUCCUUACUCUGCCUACGCUGAUUCGUAUGCUGAAGAUAUAACAGCCACUGCAGAAGUGAUACCGUCAACAGCAGAAGGCACACAUCGAGUUGGACGACGAAGUGCGCGUCAACAAACCGAACAUUUAAUGAAAACUGAGGAAAGAAUUGCAGAAUUUAUGUUCGAGUUUUUGGGCUUGGAUUCGCACGCGUGUCGUCGACGUUUUAUUUGUGAAAUGGAGUUCCGUUCCCGUUCAAGUCCCCUCAGUAGCAUGGCGUUCCGGAUUGUGGGCCGCGGCUUUUUCGAAAAAUACAUGAAUAUACGAAAUGAGCUUGGUCAAGCCCAUUCGUUCGCAGAAUGUGCUGCAGUUAACCCCGAGUGCGUAUUUAUCGAGCAGAAUGUGGAGGAUGAUACUGCAUCUCAAAGUCAAAAUACUGUUGAAUUACAAAGCGACACUGUUAAAGCCGCCAAUGAAAUGGAUAAUAGCUCAACGGAGAUUCAAAAUAGCGCAAAUGAUGUUAUCAUGCAUCUGGAAAGUCAAAAUGAAGCGAACCUGCACGCGGAACGCCGGCACAUAAAACAAAUUCAAAAUAACAAUUGGAAGUAUAACUCCGUGACCGCUCGCCUCCUGAAGCAGGAGCCGUUAAAUUGAACUUAGCCCAUUAAGUUUUUAGAAAACUAGACGAUUUAAUUAUAGAUAAAAGACGCCAAUGGAGUGUCGAUAUUAAUUUAAAAAAAUGUAGCUAUUAAAGAUUUAUUUAUUUUACGAUUAGAUGUAUUAUUAUUAUGAAGGCAUGUAGCACUGCGACCUGAAAUAUCUAUUGUAUCCCCUUCAUGAAUUCGGAGCAAAACUGCCCUAAUAAAUCUCAGUGUUAGUCCUA